GACCUUGACACAUAUUCAAGCGAUCUGCUGACGACCUUGACACAGCAUGCUUAGCGUGAUGGUCUGGGCAAGUGUUGCUGCUGCGGGUCUGCUGGCUAGCCGUUGUCAUGGCAACGGUGCCUUAGAUGAACCAGAUUUAGCCGGACCUUUGUCUCACCAAACACAGCCAGAGCACCGAGCCGCCAGUGACCUGACCUUGACCUCUGAGACCUUGACCGUGUGUGACUACAACAGCACGUACGUCAACUGCUGCUGUAGAGGCUUGCAGCAUCUCCCCAGGGAGAACUACCCAGCCACCGUCGUGGUCUUUGAUCUAAAGGCCAACGCCAUAUCAACCCUGGCACCCGCCUACUUUAGCAGGUACACCGAGCUACAAGUUCUGGACCUCUCCAUGAACAGACUGACCCAGAUAUGCCCGCUGUGUUUUGUUGGCCUAGGACGUCUACAGCUGCUGAACCUCUGGGGCAACAACAUCACCAUCAGCAGCUCCACCAUCGACGUCCAGACGUUCCGACCGUUGAGCUCACUACGAGAGCUGGUCAUCAACAGAAACAACGUCAACGUCACCGACAGCCGUCUGCACUACCCCGACCAGGCGCUGUCGGUGCUCGGGAACCUGACGACCCUGCACAUAGAUGGAAUCAAAGACAAGGACUUUGGUCCCGGGUUCGGUCACCUGACGUCACUGGUGAAACUUAACCUGCAGGGUUACAAUGGCGGCUACUGCAUGAUCGAGUCCCUGCGAAACUCGACGUUUCGGUAUCUGACGUCAUUACAGGUUCUAGACCUUCAGGACUGUCAACUGUUUGGAGAUAAAAUAGAAGCUGGGGCUUUUUUACCUCUGACCAGCAUCGUCAGCAUCAAUUUAACCCACAAUGAAGGCAUCGGCCUCCAGUAUCUAGACAACGUUUUUUACGGACUUCAGCACCACAGGCACCUGCGGGAAAUGCGCCUGCAGCUCAUUGUUGACAGGUACUCGUUCGCCAACUGCAUGGACAGUGACGUCAUUAAAUAUUUUCCCAGGUACCUUCAAGUCCUGGACUUUCAGGAAAACAGCGUGGAGGGCGUUGACCGGUCAUUUAUCGCGAGACUUCCUGCAAGUCUCCGAGAGCUGGACGUGAGCGGGAACAAGUUCGUCAUAGACCUGUACCUGAAGGAUUUAAAACUGAUGAAAAAUUUAACAGUUCUCAAACUGAACGGCGGCACCAAGGUCUACAAGCUGCCCAAGCGGUUCCCAUACUUUCAGCAGCACUACAGAAGCAACUGCUCGCAAGAAUCUGGUGUGUCGGUGGAACCGUUUGUACUGAACCUGCCGCCCAAUGUCAAGGUGAUUGAGAUGACACAGGCGGGGUUGAGUAACGUCGUGUCGGGGUUCAAUGUGACGGAGAACACGCUGGAGAACCUGAGCAUCAGCCACAACCACUUCCCCCGCCUCGAGGGUCCGCUAGAGGGCCUGACCCAGCUCAAGUUCCUGGACCUGGCAAGCUGUGACGUGGAGUUUGUCUCGGAGAGUUUUUUCUCCUCCAUGGCCAGGCUGGAGGUGUUAAAGCUUGAGUCCAACUACCUGGGUGAUUACCUGGACAACCUGAACACCACACAGGUAUUCUCCAGCCUGCAGAGCCUGCGGGUUUUGAACCUGUCCCUCAACGACCUCCACCACCUGCCCGACAACAUCUUCACCCACCUCGUCAGCCUGGAGUACCUGGAUCUCUCAUCCAAUCCCCUGACCCAGUUCACCGUCGACAUUUCUCACCUGGGCAGAUUAAAAUUUCUAAACCUGUACCGGGCCAGGAUAUUUAACAUCCCGCCCCCCGCCAUGGACCAUAUCGAUUCUCUGGUCAAGAAAAACCUCGGCACUAGGGUCAACAUGGCGGCUACCCCAAUCAAAUGUGACUGCGAAAACUUCCCAUUCCUCAAGUGGAUGACCCAAUCAAAAGCUUUUGAUAAAACGUUGACACGUUAUUACUGUUUUUACCCUGACGCCUCCUUACGGUUGAUCUCAGAUGGUUACAAUACGACUUUAUCUAUACUAAACAGGGAAUGUGUUUCAAAUAUAGUUUUAUUAUUUAUAGUUUCGUGCCUGUGUAUCCUAACUUUUAUCGUCAUAUCGUGUGGCGUUGUGUACCGAUUCAGGUGGAACAUUCGAUAUUUCUACUACGCCGCGUAUUUGUACUACAUGAAGUCUAGCACAGCUAGCCCUCUGGAAUACAAGUACGAUGUGUUUGUGUCCUACAGCUCCAGCGAUGAAGAUUUUGUUUUUAACGUUUUUUCCCCCGAGCUGGAGGCCCGGGGUCUCAAACUGUGUAUUCAUGGGCGGGACUUCACCGCUGGGGACUACAUCGCGUCCAAUAUAGUCCGCGCUGUGUGCUCCAGUAGACGGACUGUGGUCAUACUGACCCAGCACAUGAUUGACAGCUACUGGUGCCAGUACGAGGUCAAGAUGGCCAACAUGGAGUCUGCCCACAAAGGCAGAAACGUUCUGGUGUUUUUAUUCUUGGAGAACAUUCCAGAAAGUCGUCUAGGCGUUGAACUCCUCUACCACAUACGUAGUAACACUUACAUGUCUUAUCCCGAUCCUAAAGCUAUCAACACCAGUCGGUUUUGGGAUAAACUAACUACAGAUAUUAAACUUUAGGAUAAAUUAACUACAGAUAUCAAACUUUAGGAUAAACUAACUACAGAUAUCAAACUUUAGGAUAAACUAACUACAUAUAUCAAACUUUAGGAUAAACUAGCUAUAGACAUCAGACAAUCGAUUGAGAUAAAUUAAUCACAGCUAUAGUAAAAUAACAUGUGUUAUUGUUAUAAAUAAUAUUCUGUUGUAAAACCGAAAGUUUGUACGUACUUGGUUUUUUCAACUGUUCGUUAAUGUUGUAUGUCGCAUGUAGGUCAAACAGUAGCAGACGUCUGAAGAUACAGCUGUAAAUACUUUGUAAC